AUCGUUUUUCCCCUAUCGCGGUGUAAAAUCCGCGCGUCGCGACGCUCCAAUUUAUUGGGAUAACUAGCACAACGAUUGAAAUCCAUCGGCUGCGCCUGUUUUGAAAGUUCCUCUGUAAGCGUGAUUAAAGUUAUUUGGGCGCGUUUACGCGAAGCUCGACAGUGCGUGAAGUAUUUUGAAAUUUAAUAUUACAUUAUGUCAUCGACGCAAGAAGCUCAUGUAAUCCAAUCCAGCAAAACAAAACUUUCACCACUAGAUCUUAGGAACACUGAUCUAGUAUCAAGAUUGCUUGCUGCCACUCCUCCAUAUCUGUACAACAUGUCUUUAUUGUCAAAUACAUAUUUCUUUAGCGAAAUGUUACGAUCAUUUGUGCAAGCUAAAAAUGAUCAGAAUAAUCAACGUAAUACUCUCGGAUUCACAGGAAAUCAGAAUAUGUAUUUUGGUCAGCCACCUCGAAGAUCCAAGAAACGUACUUGGGGUAAUAUUGGACGUGAUAUAUUUCCCAAGAGCUCUAGCUCUGUCGAAAUCAAAACAGACAAAUCUAAUGAUAAAAAUGAUAAUAACGAACCAUGGAUGAUAAAAAGCAUGCGAAAAUCUGAAGAUGUUGCUGUAGAGUUAACGCAAGAACAUAUACACGGUCAACAAUUUGCAGAACACGGGGAAAGGAAGACUCCAAAAAUCGAAGAACAAUCCACUCAAUACGCCCCUCAGCCAGAAAACUCAACUAACCUAGUUUUGCCACCACCACCACCAUUCUGGUAUCCACCUAUUUAUUCAAAUACACCCUACGGAAUCGAUCCCCUGCAUUUUUUUAUCGAUUUGCGAGUUUCGGGCCAUAUUUACGAUAGACAAAACGGCAAUUACUUCAAAGAUUCCGUUAACAACACAAACGACACAACCAGUACGGUUGUUAGUGAAAAACAAAUAGAGAAAACUGACUUUCAAGAAAAAAACGUCAAAUCUGAAGAAUCGCAUAUAGAUUUUUUUAAGCAACGACGUAACACUUCUGCGUUUUCAGUACCAAAUGCCAAUACACUAAUGAAAAAUCGUUCGAGCGAGAAGUUUCAGAAAAGCUUUGAUGUUAAAGCCAUGGGUUUCGAUAAGACACCGAAUCCAACCGGUAUAAACUACGUUAUGGGUAAUAUCAAUAAAAUAUAUAAAAAACUAAAUAACGCUCAGCAAUGUUCGUCCAAACAGGAGGCCAGUAUUAGUCCAAAUAACCAAACAGAUUUAGAUGACAAUGCGUCGGCCAAAUUUACAGAAAAUAAUCUAGAAACCACAAGAAAUGAUGAAAAAAUUAAUGAGAAGAAUGCGGAAACGGAAGCUGAAAAGGAAAAAAGAGUCAAAGAUUUAAGGGCUUUGAUUGGUUUAGAAUUAGUUGUUGAUUAUAUGAGUCAUAAGAAACCUUUACCGCUUUCCAAUCAGGAUUCUUCGUACUCUGAAGGGGAAGCUAGUGCUUCGGAAAUUGAAAGUAUUGGUAGUCCACCACUUGAAGUUGUAGAUAUCCAGGAUGAUGCUUAGGCCAUGUUAAUCUAAAUGUCAUAUUUAUCGUAAAGUUGUUAAAACGUGUAGCACUUUGAUACUCCAAAAGAUUUUAAA